AUGGCGACGAAGACGAGAUCUAACAAGGCGCCUCUGCCUGUCAUAGGCCGGCAAGGUCCUACGGGAUCUGCAAAGAAGCCAGCAGCGGCACCAAAGGCAAAGGACAAGGGCAAUGGAAACAUCAUGAGCUUUUUCAAGAAGGAGAGGGAUAUGGGACUGUUCAUGGAAGACAAGCAGAGCAUGCCAUCUCCUGCUGCUUCGAGUGUCGACGUGGGAGAGGCGGCUGAGAGUCCUGUAGCCGAGCAAGAUGACGUUCGCUUCAACGAGAACGACGGCCCUGUGAAAAGGCGAAGAACAGAUGUGGAGGAGAUAUCAGGAACCAAUGAUUCAAAUGCGGAUGACCAAAACGAUGUUGGUGUUGGCAAACCUCUACCAGACUCAAGCACGCAAAGCAGACCGGGUCCCUUCCUUGAGGAGUCUGACAGCGAGCAAGAUGAGGAGGCUCCAGAAGCUCUCAUUGGCAUGCACGACGGAGACGAAGAAGACGGAGCGAACCACUUACACGUUGGAUUGAAGACGCAUCAGGAGAGUGUGGAAGCCGGACCGUCAGAUGUGGCAGCAGCCGACAACGAGCCCCGGCCGCCUUCGCUUCCAAAAGAAGAAACGAGCUAUGAUGUUGGUCAGGACGAGUUCAAGGAUUUUGAGAAUGGUGACGGCUUCGACGACAUGGAUGACUUCGAUGAGGACCCGUUCGAAGGAGGUGAUGAAUACAUGGAACGUCGAUAUAUGGAGGAGCAGGCGCAGCUUGAAGAAGAUGAGAAAGACUAUGAUGUGCUGCCUCCUGAGUUGACUACCGAAACAAGUGCAUCAGAAGACACGCCUUCCUGUCCUAUCUGUAGCGCCAACCUCGCUGGUCUCAGCGAGCAUGAAGUUGGAUCCCAUGUCAACGACUGCUUGGACGGCAAGCCAUCGACACUCCCGAAAGAAGCACCGAAAGCUAAACACGACCCUAAGCCAAGCAGUCCUGCUUCUACCUCCGCCAAUGCCUUCCGCAAGCCAUCUCGUGCCCCAAAGCCAGGUCAAGCGAAUCCGUUCACGUUCGGCCAGCCCAGCACAAACGGUGGCUCAGCGUUCAACAAGCUCAUGUCCGGUCAUGCUGAGGAUGCCGCAUGGGCGGAAGCAGCUGCCGCUGAGCAUUCAUCCAGAGGGAAGCCAGCGUAUACACGUACCUGUCCUUUCUACAAGAUCAUGCCAGGCUUGUUCAUCUGUGUUGACGCCUUCAGAUAUGGUGCUGUGCAAGGGUGCCAGGCCUACUUCUUGAGUCACUUCCACAGUGACCAUUACAUCGGCUUGACCAGUUCCUGGAGCCACGGUCCUAUUUUCUGUUCGAAAGUCACGGGUAACCUGGUGCGGCAGCAGCUGAGAGUUGACCCAAAAUACGUGAUUGAUAUGGAGUUCGACAAGACGGUUGAGGUGCCCAACACGAAAGGCGUAAGGGUCACAAUGAUCCCAGCCAACCAUUGCCCUGGCAGCUCACUCUACCUCUUCGAGAAAGUGACCGGCAAGAAGCCAAACGGCGAUCCCAAGAUGCAGCGCAUACUCCACUGCGGCGACUUCCGAGCUUGCAGAAAGCACAUUGAGCACCCACUGUUGAUGCCGAACGUGCAAGACAAGGUCAGUGGUAAGACGAAGGAGCAGAAGAUCGAUGUUUGCUAUCUUGACACGACCUAUCUCAAUCCGAAGUAUGCAUUUCCGAGCCAGGAGAAUGUCAUAAAAGCCUGUUCGGAUAUGUGCAUCAGCCUGAGCAAGCACUCUGUCGAUGAGAGCGAUGGCUGGGAGCAGAUGAAGCGACAGCGAGCUGGCGAAGGCAUGGCUAAGUUUGUUCGCAAAGAGUCGAACCCCAGCAUCAAACAGGAGCCACCUGAUGAAGAUGAUAUCGAUGGCAUGAAGCUUCAGCAGAAUCCAAAUGGCAGCCAGCAGGUCUUCUCCACCUCCAACACGCCAAAUGUCGAAAGCGGCCGUGGCAGGUUGCUAGUCGUUGUCGGCACCUACAGCAUCGGCAAAGAGCGCAUCUGUAUCGGCAUCGCGAAAGCACUCGGCUCCAAGAUCUACGCACCACCUUCCAAGCAACGCAUAGUAGCCGCGCUGGAGGACCCGGAACUCAACGACCGCAUGACGAACGACCCUCGCGCAGCACAAGUCCACAUGACGCCCCUCUUCGAGAUCCGAGCAGACACUCUGGACGACUAUCUCAAAGACUACUUCCCACACUUCACCCGAGCCGUCGGCUUCCGACCAAGCGGCUGGAACUAUCGCCCGCCCAACUCCCGUUUCACAGAAUCACCCAGUGUACAGACGGUGCUGACUAGCGACAACUGGAAGAGCACUUACAGCAUGAAAGAUCUCGUCCCACAGCGCGGAAGCUCGAGCAGGGCGUCUUGUUUCGGUGUACCGUACUCGGAGCACAGCUCUUUCCGGGAGCUGACGAUGUUUUGUACGGCGCUGCGGAUCGAGAAGGUGAUUCCGACGGUCAAUGUGGGGAGCAAGAAGAGCCGGGAGAGGAUGAAGGCUUGGUGUGAGCGGUGGGCGACGGAGAGGAGGAAGAAUGGGCUGUAUGAGCUGCCCGAGGAUGGGAGUUGGUAG